AUGAAUAAGCUUUAAUAAAUAUAAUUCAAGUUUGAUGACAGAGGAUUGAUGAUGCUUAAUUAGGUGAGCAUAUUUGUAGUUACCUUUGUGAGUUUAGGCUAUGGAUUAAUUGUUUACUUCCACUUUCUAGCAUGUAAUUGCCUUAAUAUUCAAAUUCCUGGCUUAUAAGAAAAGAUUGAAUAAAAGAUUUAGCAAUAUGGUUUAGCUGCUAUUGCAUAAAUGGUUUUUGAUUUGAUUACUAUUCCCUUAAUUUUAUACAAUCUAUCUCGCUUGCUCUAUCGCAAGUAGAUUCACAUUUUUUUUGAAAUCAUUUUUGUCAUAGCUCUUUUUAUGAGGAUACUAGCAGGUUCAUUAAUUUAUUACUUCAAUCUAUAAAAAGAUGAACUUUCUUACAUUUCUUUUAUUACUUUCUAAGAUUAUUGCAGUAGCUUCUUAAACAUUACUCAAGAUCUUUGCAAUGUUUUAGAAUCAAUAAAUUCAUAUUCAAAUUCUAACCUCUCAUUGGUUUCUCUUUCUACUCUGAAUUUGCUAUUCUUUUUGAUUUUUUACCAUAUUAAUUAUAAAGAAACUAAAGCAAAGCAUAAGGAUUUAGAGUUAGAAAUGUAAGAAGAAAAAAAUAGUUGA